AUCCCCUUAAAAUAUUUAGAGCCCCAAUUCAGAUAUUUUUAUUAGCUUGUCGAAAUUUAGCAGGGGAUGAGAUUUUUUCUUUCGAGCUUUCACUGAAGUCAGAAGCAAAGCGUGGACGCCUGUCUCCAGAGAGCCAGACAUGGGUGAGGUGGUGUUGAGCAGCGAGGAGGAACUGGAAAUGAGAGCAGAGAGUGAGACAGAGAAGGAGGAGGAGAUGGGUGAGACUGAGAGUGAGACAGAGAAGAAGAAAGAGAAUAGGAAGAGGAAGAAGGAUAAAAAGGGUGGGAGAUCAAGUGGGCGGGUGAGGUGGGAUAGGUUCUUGAAGAGGAUGAAUCUGAGGGUGUUGCUGGUUGAGGCUGACGAUUGCACCAGGCAGAUUAUAGCUGCGCUUCUCAGGAAGUGUAGCUACAGAGUUGCUGCUGUUCCUGAUGGCCUAAAAGCAUGGGAGUUACUGAAGGGAAGACCACAUAACAUAGACCUCAUAUUGACAGAAGUGGAUUUGCCUUCAAUAUCUGGAUUUGCCCUUCUUACUCUAAUCAUGGAGCAUGAGAUUUGCAAAAACAUCCCAGUUAUAAUGAUGUCCAAAGAGGAUUCAGUAACCACAGUUUAUAAAUGCAUGUUGAGAGGUGCUGCUGACUAUCUUGUUAAGCCUAUUAGGAGAAAUGAACUAAGAAAUCUGUGGCAGCAUGUUUGGAGAAGACAAUCUUUGAAUGUUGGCGCAAAUAAUCCCCAGGAUGAGAGUGUUGGACAACAAAAGGAAGAAACCACUUCAGAAAACAAUGCUGCAAGUAACCAUUCUAAUGGUCAAAUGGCUUGCAGACAGAGAAAUAAUGAACAAAUUGAAAAAGUGAGUGAUACUCAGAGCUCUUGUACAAAGCCAGAGUUGGAAGUGGAAAGUGCCCCAAUGGAAAAUAUGCAGGAAUUCUCACAGCCGAAAUGGGGCAAAUUGUUUCCCAGUGACAUAGUACUGCAAAAGGAUGAAGCAUGCAUCAAUAUGGGCAAGAAAUUUCUUGUGCAUGAGAGUGAAGCUGGGGGAUCAGUGGUGGACACCUCCAAGGAUGAUAUCACAACUACUCUUGGCAAUGAGGCUUGUGACAAUAAUUAUGUCAUUGUCAACUCUUCUAGAGAAGCCAUUGACUUGAUCGGAGCAUUUCGUAACUAUCCAAACGGCAGUAGCAAAGGCAUAGGCGAGUUUGAUUCUUUGCCGCAAUUGGAUCUUUCCUUGAAAAGAUAUCAUCCCAGUGGCUCUUGGAAUGAAUAUACUGUAGAAAGGCGUACCCUUGGACAUUCUAAUGCCUCAGCCUUUACAAGGUACACUAACAGGCCAUUACAAUCCCCCAGCACAACAGUCGCCUAUGCUUCUAAUCAUCUGAAAGAGAGUGGAACGAAUUCCGAGAAAAUGCUAUCCAAUAUUGUUGCUGGUUGUUGCUCUGAUACUCCUGGUAUCACACAAAGUGAACAAAGAAGUAUCAUCUCUCUGGCUACUGGUCAAUCUAAAGAAUCUGAAGGUGCAAAUUCAUGCUCUCAGCAGAGAGUAUUUCCUGUGCCAGUACCAGUGAAAGGUAUAAGAAUUAAUAACCUAUUCACGGGCUUUGGUUCUGUACUUCCUCCAAUAUUUUGUACACAAUCUGGUCCAUCACCAAUGCCAAAUCCAAGUUCAUUCACACAGCAGGACCCCUCCUUUCGAGUGAAUAUGUUUUAUCAGUCAAACCUUGAAAAUAGCAAUUUUGAGCAGCAACAUGAUCCACAUAGUCAAAAUACGAACAAUUGUGCAAACCAGACUAUACACAAGCAGGAACACAAAUUGGAUUCGCUGGAGGACCGAGGGCAUAUAUCUCCAGCUACUGAUCAGAGUGCGAGUAGUAGUUUCUGUAAUGGUGGUGUAAGUCGUCAUAAUGCAAGUAGCAGUUUCUGUAAUGGGGGUGUGAGUUGUCAUAAUAGCAUUGGGUACGGAAGUACUUGUGGAAGUAACAGCAAUGUUGAUAACAUUGCUUUUGUUGGCGCUGCUUCAGAGAGCAAGAAUGAAGAAGGUUUGUUUACUCCUAGUGGAAGUUCCCAUCGAUCCAUCCAAAGAGAAGUGGCUCUAACCAAGUUUCGCUUGAAGAGGAAAGAAAGAUGCUAUGAGAAGAAGGUUCGGUACGAGAGCAGGAAAAAACUUGCUGAGCAGCGUCCCCGAGUAAAAGGACAGUUUGUUCGACAAGCGCAUAUUGAUCCCCCACCCGCAGAAACUGAUGGCAAUUCCUUUUAUGGUUAGCUGUACGUUUAGCUUGUUACAGUUAAAGUGAUUGUAAUAUUUUCUGCCUUAGCCUUUGUUGAAUCCGGUGAAGAUGCUUUCUAACACCACUUCCAGUCUUCCAUAUUAGUCUUCUUUUAGGAUGUUAAUUCAAAAUAUCCUGUAUCCUCGGUAAUGUAGUGUUGUAAUUUCUAUUUACCUUGGUAGGAGGCCGCGUAGCCAUUCUUUUUUUUUUUUUUUGACAUGUACAUUUCCUCACUUAGAAACUCGAGAGUAAAUAGUAUAGCAGUUAUAGUUACUGAUCA